ACCAAAACGAACGAAUCGAUCCGAGUUCUUGCAAGGCAAGAAGACCACUGCUUGGUUAUAUAAAAGAGGAUAAUAUGACGACCACAUAUGUAACCGCGGGUCCAGUGCCCGUCCAGCAAACCACCUACAUAAGCACGGGUCCCCAGAAUGUACAGACCACAUAUGUCACCAAUGUAAGACAACCUCCACCACCACCGCCACCACAAACCACGGUGGUGAUCACACAAACCAACGGACGCUGGGCAACUCCCUCGCAAACGCAGUCCGGAACAGCAGCCACGCUACUUUUUGUGUACGCUGGCAUGGACAUGGCCCAAGGUCUCGGCUGGAACUUGACCACCAUUCCCGCCUUUGGCACUCUGGAGUUCCAGUACAGUUGGUUUAUUGGCGUAAUAAUCGGAACUGUGGUGGCCGCCAUAACGGCAUCCUUUCUGCCCAAAUCAGUGUUUUAUGGCCUGGGUGGUAUUAUGAACCUAAUCGACGCCAUCAUCUUUGUGAGUGCUCCCUACCAGUACGAAUCGAUCCUGGCUGCCCGCUAUGUGGGUGGCGUGGGCAUUGGUCUGAUAACCGUGCCCUUCCUCAUCCAUAGCGCCGAGAUAGCUUCCAGUUCGAACCGAGGAACCUGUUGCGCCCUGGAGCAAUAUGGCUUGGCCUUGGGAGUGGCCAUUCAGGUGAUCUACGACUCCCAGUGGAGCGCUAGUUUGGGCAUGACCAUCAAUCGGGUGCACGGCAUCUUUGGCAUUGUCUUCACAGCGAUUGCAUUGGGCAGCGUGGCCAUUACGAUCGAUUCGCCGAUCUUCUAUAUCCGCCAGAAUCAGGAGCAGAAGGCACGGGCCAGUGUGAAGCAGCUGAUGGGAUCGUAUUGGACCCGCGAGGCGGGGGAUCGGGCCUACGACGAGGCCAAGCUGUAUGUGGUGGAGGGCAGUAGCCAGGGAGUGGGUGAGCAGCUCAAGGAGUCCAUGAUGCCCUUCCUCAAGCUGCUGCUCUUCCGCUGCUUCGUGGCCUUCACCUUCUCGGUGCCGCUCUCGGAAUCGAUGGUGGAAACCACACAGCUGGUGGAGGGCAGCACGUACUCCUGGCCCACGAUCAUAUUCGCCAUUCUCCGCCUGAUCGGAGCCCUCAUCACCUUCGCCGUCCUGGACACCGCGGGCAGGAAGUUCGUCUCGCUGCUGGGACUCAUGUGCAUGGCCGGCUUGAUGCUGGGCAUGGCCGGAGUCUACGGGGACUAUGCCCACUUCAUCGACGACUACUUCAUGUGGCAGGUGUGUCGGUUGGGCAUGGCCUUCCAGUUCUUUGCCGGCCUCUUCAUCUGCAGCUCAUCCGUCUAUCUGGGCGAGGCCUUCCCGAUGCGAGUGAAGCCCUUCCUGAUCGGCCUGAUCGUGUGUCUGGAGCAGGUGAUCCACAUCAUUGUCAUCGUCAAGUUCACCCCCUUCGCCGACUUCUUUUACACGUACUUCGUGGCCGUGGGCAUUAUCAUGGUUAUAGGUCUGGUGGCCUUUGCCGUUCUAAUGCCGGAAACUCGAGGAUUGACACUGAGACAGGCGGGCGAACGAUUCCGGCGGGUGCACGAUGUCAUGGCCUACUAGGUGGCUUUCGUUUCAUUUUUGUAUUUAGCGAUUCAAUA